CAAAACGGCUUAGGCCCGAGACGUCCCGAAAGUUCAGCGACUUCAAGCAUCGCAACAUCUCAACGCCAGGACGACCUUCAACAUCCCACUCGAAGCCCAUCCCAAGGCCAAUUGCAGCCAUGUUCUCUUUCCGCUUUGCCAGACCAGUCUUUAGGACCGGAGCCACCGCUCUCCGCGCUCCUCUGUCCCAGAGAACCUACGCCACGGCUGUUGCAGACAAGCUAAAACUGUCUCUUGUCUUGCCCAAGGAGGUGCGUUAUAAGAAUCUUCGGCUCCCCUCAUUCCCCAUCGAUGCGCUAUGUCAGCGUAAUAUGCUCUUGAAAUGACUUGGGGUGUGAUAUACUGACAAGUUGGCUCGGAAUAGACCAUCUUCAAGUCCGCCGAUGUGUACGUAUUAUAACCUCAAACCCAUCCAACAAUUCACUCGACAAAGACCCAAUUCCCCAUCUCCAACCUAUAAUUGUGAUGAAACCACGAAAAACAGCAUAUGUUAAUCGAGUAUUUUCACAUAUUUAGCGUCCAGGUCAACAUUGCCGCCGAGUCCGGUGACAUGGGUAUCCUCUCCAGCCACGUUCCCAGCAUCGAACAAUUGAGGCCCGGUCUCAUCGAGAUCAUCGAGGAGGGCGGUCAGACCAAGAAGUUCUUCCUUGCUGGUGGAUUUGCCGUUAUGCAGCCAGACUCCAACCUCAACAUCAACGCCGUUGAGGGUUUCCCUCUUGAUGCCUUCAGCGCUGAUAACGUCAAGUCCCAGCUGGCUGAGGCCCAGAGACUCGCCUCCGGUACUGGAAGUGAGAAGGAAAUCGCCGAGGCCAAGAUCCAGGUAGAGGUCCUCGAGAGUCUCCAAGCUUCUUUGAAAUAAUAGAGUUGUAGGAUGUAUAUAUUCCGUUUCAUCCCGACUGACGAAAACCCGUUUCUCUCACUGUUGAACCUGUAGAAUAAUAAACAGUAGCUGUUUUCUCUAAACCCCCAAAGAAUUUUCGCAUACAUUUACGACGCUUUUUUUAACAUGCUGAUCGUAGUUGCUGUUUUUGAUAUACAAUAUGUUUCAUUUCAAGAAGUAACGUAAAUAAUACAUAUCUAUUCCGCGUAAAAUCAGAAUCAGUAUCAAAGAAUAAAUCAGGUUUUCCUCAAUUCAUUUCUUCCCAGGUGAGAAUAUGACUGGCUUUGCAUAUGUUUGGCAUCCAUGGGAAGUAAACAGGCAAGGAAUAAAUCAAAGAGCCGGCCACCUCGCACGCUACCUACCAAAACAAAGGAAAAACAUACAUAUAUACCAUAAACUCAUCGUGCAAUAAAAGUCAAGUCAAUGGACAUGAGCAGAAAACAAGAGGACAAAUACGGAACCGGGCAAAAAGGGGCAAAAAAAAAAAAAAG